CCAUACAUGCAGGUUGAAAUACUGUAUUGAAGUAACUUUGUGUAAUUUUGUACUGUAGAGUUGCUGACAUUGUAACACAGCGAUGGGAGGACAAGCUAAAUCCAAAAAGAAAAGUAAACCCAAGAGGAAAGAGAGAGAGCACACAACCAUUUUUCCACAGGAGAGGAUGAAAGCCAAGAUGCAGGAUAAAGCUAAGAAGAAAACAGCUGAAAAAUACACUAUCGAUCAGUUACUACAAAAGACAGAAGAGUGCAUGGAUAACUUUGACUUUACCAUGGCAAGGAUGUUCUGCCAACGUGCCCUGGACAUUGAGCCAACCAAUCUAACCAUUCUAGACAUGCUGGGAAACAUCUGUGCUGAGCUGGGGGACAUGGACAAAGCCAAAGAAGUAUUUCUGAAAUCAGUGGAAUUAAGUCCAGAGGAAGGCCACAGCAAGUACAUGUACCUGGGUCAGAUUCACACGGGCGCAGAGGCUGUGCACUAUUUUAACAAGGGCAUCGAAAUCAUGCUCAGAAUCAUGGACAAACAAACACGAGAGGUUAACAGUAUGGGAGCAGCUGCUUUGCCCUCGGAACCUGCCGUCACUGCAAAAGACGUGUCUGUAGCUUUUUGCUCCAUUGCUGAGAUAUUCUUCACUGACCUUUGUAUGCAGGAGGGAGCUGCCGAGCGGUGUAAGGAGGCAAUCGAGAGGGCGCUGCACUAUGACCAGGACAACCCUGAAGCUCUGCAGUUAAUGGCAAGCUACCUCUUCAGCAUUGAGAAUAUUGAGGACGGACGAAAAUACCUGAUGAAAAGUGUGUCGUCAUGGUUACCGAGUCAACAAAAAGAUGAAGCGCCGUCAGAAAGCACAGAGCAGCAAGAAGAGGAGGAAGAGCAUACACAGAGUAACGUUCCUCCGUACGAGUCCAGAAUCACGGCAGCCAAGCUGCUGAUAGAAGCAGAGGAAUUUGAGGUGGCCACAGAUGUGCUGGAGGGUCUGUUGGAGGAGGAUGAUGAGGUUGUACAGGUGUGGUAUCUGUUGGGAUGGAUGUGUUAUCUCCAACUGGACAAGCCCGGUGCUACAGAAGACCUGGAGAGCUUAAGAAAAUCAGCUAGAACCUACCUUACCAAAGCAAGAAAGCUGUACGUUAAGCUGCGUUGUGAGGACACACCCAUGCUGGAGCACACUGAGCAGCUGCUGGGAGAACUUGGAGGAGAGAUUGCUGCCGAUGAGAACGGUGAUGAAGCUGGACCUUCGAUUGACGACAUUGGUGAUGAUUUCAUUCAGAGCAGCGAGGAUGAAGAUGAUGAUGCUAUGGAGCACUGAGUGUGGGAAAUCUUCUCCUCUACAUUUUGUAACUUUAUCUAUGUUUGAAGUCUUCGAUGGGCGUAAACAAAACGUAGUCAACUGUAAGUUCACUGACACCAGUGGAAAGAUAAACAUAAAUACACACAGUUAUUAAAAAGUCUUUGUGGUCAAUAAUUUAAAAAUUGCAGUGAUAUAUGAGAGAAAUGUAACCUUUAACAUGUUUAAAACAACUUUAGGCUCAUCUGUUGUGGACUUUUCUCUCCAGUUUAUCAGCUUAUUAUGGUAUUUAGGUCAGUGAACUAGGAUGACGUUGGCAGAAUCUUAAUUUAAAGAUCAUUAAACAGUUUUUCUGUGGAUCUAAACAAAUCUGACAAAUAUAUUUGUAUUAAGGCAGCCAGGUGGCAUAUCAUGAUAUUCCGCUAACAUACCAGCGCUGAGAUUCUGAACUCCCCAGUUCGAAUCUCAGCUCUGCUACCGGUCGGCUGGGUCUAGUGGGCACAAUUGGCAGUGCCUGCAGCAGACAAAAUUGGCCAUCAGGUCUGCUGGAUGGGAAAAGACCGGACUAAUAAAGUGGGUGGGGUCUUCAAACUCUGUGCAAAGACCCUGGUUAGCAGAGCCUCAUGUGUGAAUCCACUGAGACACAGGCGAAAAAGAAGCGUUCGAGGGACUGUGCACGUGUUGGAGGGGGCAUGGGGCAGCUGAAUAUACCCUUCUCGAACGCAAUCGGGAUCCCCAGCAGCGGAAGACUAAUUGGCCACGCUAAAUUGGGAGAAAAAGGGAGAAACUGCAUAAAUAAAUAGAUUUGUAUUAUGCUUGGAAUUUGUGGAAAUUGAUUAGAUUUUAAAUAUAACCUUCACACUCUAAUGCCAAACUCAUCUUAAUUAGUUGGCAAAAGCUCUACUUUUUAGAUUAAGGAGUGUCUUGCGAACUCCAGCUGCUUACAUUUGUGGUUUGUUGAUGAGUAAGGCUUCUGCCAUGCCUUCAGAAUAGCAUUUUGGGCUCACCAAGAUUUCAAAUGUACCCGGGUACCACCUACCAACUACCACCUGCAAGCAGUGAGAAAUGUUACUUUACUUAUUAUUCUUCUUAUUGUAUGUCGGGCGGAAUUAUAAAAUUACUAAAGUACAGGUUCAUUUUUGCUUUUCUUUAUUUUUAACUUUUUGAUUUGAAUUUCAGUUUUUGCCCUACAAGGGCACCUCCAUGCAUUUUUAAUAUCAUUUGUUUAUUUGAAUGAUAAAACUUUUGUCUCGUUUCAUUUACGCAUCCUCUAAUCUUUCACCUAAUGAUUAAUGAAGAGAAUUUGCCCUCUCAUCACCUUAUAUUUAUACCCUAGUGAAACAAGAAGUCAUGAAUAAAUAAGAGUUUUUUUGUUCUGUUUAGUUGUAAUACUGUGAUUCUGUAGGUUACUGGUCAUAUUCAGUUCAUAUAUAAGGACCCACUUAAUGCUAGAACAGUCUCUUAUAUUCAAACAUUUCAAUCAUCCAUCUUUCACCCUUUUACGUACUCUGCGUCUCCCGUGCUGUGACUUUUACAGUCAUUUCAUAAGCAUUAAAACCCUUUAAUGCUGGGCUGUGUGUGAUACAGCAGAAAUAUCAGCAGGGAUUAAAAACUUUGAAGCCAAAUGCCAGCCCUGUCUAGUUCAUUAUCAUAAUCUACUCUGCAGUGUGAUUUAAGCAGAUAACAGCUGUGUUAUUAACAUCGCAUUAGCAUAGGCUAAUAUGUGAUGUCGCUGAUUUGAGUACGGGAAGGAAAAUUUCAGAGCAUAUUGAGUUCUUUAAUUCUUAAAAUGUUGUGCUAACACUUAACAAGCCUGUGCUCCUCUAAGUAGCCGAGAAUCUGAAAAUAAAGCUUAUAGAUGCUUAUAAAGCAGUAAGGAAGACGAUACAUGAGUAUCAUACGAUUGUGAACCCUGGGAUGAUUAUGGAAUUUAGAAAUUGUGUUUCCAGGCAUGGCCACUUGGCUACCCAGAGGGUAAAGCUUUGGGCUAUCAAUUGGAAGAUUGUUGGUUCUAACCCAGGUUUUUCUAUGCAGCCACUUAACACUGUUUGCUCCAAGGGCACCAGACAAUGACUGACGCUGUGCUCUGACCGUGGGAAAAUAAUUUUGUUGUAUUGUACACCUACAUAUGUAUAUAUGACAAAUAAAGGCAUUCUUCUUAAA